AUUUUUGAAACGGCAACAGAACCACGCCAUAACCUCAUGAAUACCCACGUGCUCCAUUCGGGCGCCGUUCACGCGCGUGCACGCAGUCCGACUCCGCUUCCCGUUCAAGAUGGCAGCCACCAUGAAGAAAGGAGUGGCAGCUGAAGAUGUCAAUGUAACAUUUGAAGACCAGCAAAAGAUAAACAAGUUUGCCAGAAAUACAAAUCGGAUGUCUGAACUGAAAGAUGAAAUCGAGGCCAAAAAGAAAUCUUUACAGAAUUUAGAGGAUGCCAGUGAUGACAUCAUGAUGUGUGAGGAUGAUGCAAUGCUGAUCCCGUAUCAGAUCGGAGACGUGUUCAUCAGUCACUCUCAAGAAGAGACGCAGGAAAUGCUGGAGGCAGCAAAGGAAGCUCUGCAGGAUGAGAUCAAAGCUCUGGAGGGUCGUGUGUCAUCCAUACAGGAGGUCCUUGGAGAUUUGAAGGUUCAAUUAUAUGCCAAGUUUGGAAACAACAUCAAUCUAGAGGCAGAAGAGAGCUGAAACCUCACGCAUGUGGACUUGACCUCACAGACUGUCAUUCUCCAACAGGAUAUGACAUUUCUACUCUAACAACAAGUUCUCACCCUGUUUACUCUGGUGACGUUUGUUGCAUUUCACAUGUUGUUAUGUUUAGUGAAUUAUCUGCAGGUGGUUUUGGGGCUGGGUCAAUGAAGCAUCCGGGAAGAGAGAAAGAGAGGUGUUGAUGUAAAAAUAAAAAAAAGAGGCAAAACA